AUGUUAAUAUUAGCAUUAUUCUUCAUUUCAGUUGAACUAGCAGUAGGAAAACUGAAGGUUAUUGGUCCAGAAGAAUUGAAAUAGUAAUUAGCCUAAAACAAUGCGGAAAUUGUAUUCAGCAUAGCAAACUUUGGGUAAAAUUGUGAAUUUAUAGACCAAUAUAGAAAUGUUCCUUGGGGUCGUAGAUUAAGUGGGACUCUUGAUAUUUCAGACCCGAUCGAAGCUUGCACCGAGAUUAAUUAAACUGUGAAAAGCAACUUCGUACUAAUUAAAAGAGGAGCCUGUUCUUUUGUUACUAAAGUUAGACAUGCAUAGAAAGCAGGAUAUCAAUUGGCGAUAAUCGAAGAUGAUAAGGCUGAGAUCAUAGAGAACAUAACUAUGUCUGAUGACGGGACAGGAUAUGGAGUAUUUGAUAUAAUAUCACAUAGCUAUAAAUCCCUAGCAUUUUUAUAUCUAAAUCAGAUGGGGAGAUUUUGACUAAGUACUUGAGGAUUCCAAAAGUCAAUUCAGAAGCAGAUCAAGUACAAUUGCUUAUCAAAUUCGAUGUUCGCUAAUAGGAAAAUGUGGAUGCCCUAUUUGCCUUUUCAAUUACAUCUGGAGAAACAUAUAAAUUUUUAAGAGAAUUUCAACCUUAUUAUGAAAAAUUGAAAAAUGAAAAAUGUACAUGUUCUUGUCCAUAUUCUUAGUUAACUUCACCCUCUUGUACCCAUUGUAUCAAAUUAUUGGCACUCCAGAUAGACCGAUAGAUUAUAAGAAUUGUAUAUCAUAUGGCAAAUACUGUUCGCCUGAUCCUGAUGGAAGAGGUGUUGGAACUGGAAGAAUGAUUGUCCAAGAGACACUUAGAUAGUUAUGUAUCUUUAAUCAAAGCAAAGACUUAUGGUUCGAUUAUAUGGUAAAAGAUUAUUCAAAAAAUUAGCAAUCAUUCAGAGAUAAUUGUACUUCAGCUUAAGAGUUUGAAGGUUGUUCUCCAAAGGUGCAAUUGGAAGUUGGUAUUGACAAUUAAAAAGUCGAAAAGUGUAUAAGGGAUCAGUAAUCCAUACGUAUUUUUGAAGUUUAGAAUGAAAUCUUUAAUUACAAGGAUAACAAGAUUCUAGAUGAUUAAUUGAAAUUAUGGAAUACUGCUGGUGUACAGGAAUUGCCAGGGAUCAUAAUAAAUCAUUAGGAUUACUUGGGAAAAGUCACUGGAGCAAAUGUUUUCCUUGAUAUUUGUUAUAGUUUUGAAACUCCACCAGAGUCUUGUGGCACUUAUGUUGACGGGUAUAUAUUUUAAACGGAUUCAUCAACCAAUCUUUAUUUGACUAUAGCAAUCAUAAUAAUAGUUAUGGUCACCUUUUUUGUGCUUCUAUUUUGUGUUUAUACAAAAUUAAUUAGAAAAGAAUUCAAGGAAAGUAGUUAGUCAUAAGUCAAUGAAAUGGUUACCCAAUAUAUCUAGUUCUAUGAAUCAAAAGACAAGAAAAACAAAGAUGCCAUAUGAACAUUGAUAAUUUGUUUCUUUAUAAUAAAAUCAUUAUUGAGUAUAC